ACGGAGUCGGCAAGCGCGCGCGCACGCCGCCGUGUUAUAGGUUAGAAUUGGCGCGGUUUCGCUGGCCAGGUGCAUUCGCCGCCCCCGCUCGCACGCCGCGCUCCGUCCCUCUCUCGCUACCUGACAGCUGUUUUCUCUCGGGAGAUUAUUAGUCAGAUGUUUCUGUGAACCAGUCGGUGCUCACCUGACGCGAUACGAUGGCAGCGGGCGGACGUACACCCAAGCAAAGGAGGUUCGACAUGUCUUCGAGUAUGGCUCUGAGAACAGCUAAUACUCCUAGAAGGAGACGAGGAAGCUGCAAGUGUUUAUUCGGAGCUCCGGAUAGAGAUGAGACGAUGCGUCUGAUGGCGGAACAAUACGCGAGAGAUCGAAAGCGGUUCAUCAGACGAUUCAACUUUGAUGUCGAAACAGAAUGUGCUUACAAAGGUAACAAGUUAGAAUCACCUGUAAAGUUUUGUGAGGAGGAUAAGGAAAACGGAAGUCCUAGAACGGGAGCUGAGGCGUUAGCGUGCGUUGAGAACACUGAUCUGAGGAUGCUGGGAUCGCCUUCGAAACGAAGCGCCGGCAGUUCACCAAGAACCCCUACAAGAACCCCUCGGACUCCAAAGACACCUCGUGCAGCACGGACACCGAGAACCCCACGCACACCGGCGUCUAGGAGACAGUUACAAAUGACAGAUUACUGGACGUUAAGAAAGCAUGCUGAGUUAGCGUCGAGUGACAAAGAAAAUUAAAUUAAAAGAAUAAAUAAUAUCCUAAAAUAUUUAGAUUGUAAGACAUAUCAAGUUCUAAAUUAAUAGAGAGAACCAAUUUAUUAAAUAUUUAAUAUAAUUAGUUUAGUAUAGAUUUUAGGCGAUUUCAAACCACAUGCACUAUGUGGUUAUGAGUAAAAAGUUUUUAACAAUUAAAAAAAUGAUGAAUUGUAUUUAAAAAAAAUAACGCAUUCUUAAAUAUUAGGCAUAAAAUUAAAAAAAAAUUAAACUAAAAUACGUAGUUUAGAGGCUAAUGUACUAAUUUGGAAUGUGGAAAAUUAUAAAUAUAUGAUUUUUUAGUUGAAUUUCUAUGUAUUUGAAUAACACAGAAAUAAAUAUGAAAUAAAAAAAAUUGUCCAUUAGAUUUAAAACAAUAAUUAAGUUUUCUUUAUGUAGAAUCUAGUCUGUGAUCUCUGCAAUAAUUUUUUUUAACUUCUCAUAUAAAAUAGGCGUAAGUCCAAAAGCCUGUGAACACAUAUUAAAGCUUCCUAAUGUUUAGUUUUAAGUUUUUUUUUUUAAAUAAUACACAGAUAAAAAAUACAUUAUCUGUGAAUUAAUGUAAUUGAAAUAUUUCAUUUGUUUUUUUUAUUGUUAUAAUAAAAAUUAUCAUUUAAUAUAUUUUAGUGUAAUUAACCAUACGUGCCUUAGGCAAUAAACCACCGAAUAUUUUUGUUAUAAAUAUAAAAGUGGAUAUUUGCAUAUAUUGUCUAUUUCUCGGGCUGCCAUAGAUUAAAAACAUUUUUAAUGUUGUCAAAUAAUGGCAAAAUUUUUAUAAUGAUAUUUUUAAUCUAUGGUCUAUGAAGGUUUUAUAUCAUGUAAUAAUAAUAUCUGAAUGUCAUUGUAUAAGGCAAAAUGUCUACCAAAUGUUUAUCGAAUUAAGUAUACCUAACAAAUAAUAUUUCUUAUAAAAUAACUGAAUGUUGUAAUACGCUUUUUAAAAAAUAAUAAA